CAAGGUCAAAAACUAUAUCACAGAAAUCCAAAAAUAACCCCAACAUGCAUCCAAAACAAAAGCUAAAUAACCUCGAUUUUGUGCGCCAAAAGCUCAACAAAGGGUUCAACGAUGAGCAGCGUGAAAAACUCGAAUCCCAGACAGGCCACCACCAGCUGACCCAAGACCGCAUCAAAGUCCUUAACACCGGUCUUCAACAAAAGCAGCGUAACAUCACCAGCACCCAGCACCACCUCUAAAGGUCGACAACAUCCUUAAGACCAGCAAGUGGGAUUCCAGUCCUUACAAGCCUCGGCCCGCCCACUCCCAUCUCCAGCUUCCCGCCUACCCCUCUAGUCACAGCCGAAACUCCAUUCUCCCUCACAACCUCACCCAGUCACCUCCUCGUCACCAUGACUACUAUCGCUCAAAAGAGCACCUCCCUCUCAACCAAUCCCCAUACAUCCCCAAAAUAACCCCUUUGAACCAAACCCACGAAGCCUUGCCUGAAAUCCGCAACCAGAGCCAAAGCAGCCUAGAUCACAACACCAUCGAUCUCCAGUCAGAAGACUACAAAAGAGUGAAAGAACUAAACAAGCUUGAAAACUCCCCAGAUGAUUACAAAUACAGACUAGAAAAUUUCCUAAAGAACCCGAAGAAGGUCGAAAAGAUUUCCCUUGAACUUAAAAAGUUCGAUAAAAUUAAUAGGGAUUACUACAAAGAGAAAUAUGAAAAGGAGAAGUCAAGGAUGAAAAAUAAGUGGCUUGAUAAGAUUAAGAUGGACUCCUUGAAAGCAAAGUUUCAGUACCAGUAUAGUUACCCACCCCAACCCUUUCCAAUGGUUUACCCUCCGUAUUUGAUGGAUCCUAGGGGGUAUGCUCAUCAGUACUCAAAAGAAGCUAAGUAUCAGAAGAGACAGAAAUAUUCGGAUUAUGAUUACAGUUCAAGUUUUACAGGAAAUAUUAGCGAAAAUCCUGGGUCGUUUUAUCAAAGUUAUAGCAACGAGACUUGGACAGAUGGUAGACACAGGGGGGAUUAUUCAGAACAUCCUGGCAGAAAAAGCCGUCAAAACAAAGGAUAUAACAACAAAAAGUCUGUUGAAGGAAUAAUGCUAUAUCUUCAUUAUUUCAAAAAUUUCCCAAUGAAUAUUGCUAAACACGUCUACAUCAGAUCGAGACUCCAGCUUGGGGCAGAUCCGAUCAGGGAUGAUAAAGAUAGAGAAAUGAGUUGGAAUACUAGCCUCAUAAACAUGGCUGAUUUCAUCCCCCAAAAUGAGAGAGGACACCAAAUGUUGAGGGAAAUGAAAGCAGACCAAGAGAUAAACCAGCCAUUCACAAUUCUCCCAAUCAUGGAAAGCACCAAUUGGAUGAAAGACUUUUACACAAUGGUUUGGGACAAUGGCAACCGAGAUAAGGUUUAUAUCAUGUUUGAGGUAUGUGAGAAGUCAAGCCCAUGGCCUCUAUUUUAUGCCAAACUCCAACUAACUCGGCAUGAUGGGACUAUCAGAUUUGGAAGGGAUGAACUCCCUUUGUACAAGUAUACAAAGCAUCGCGGUAAAGAAAGAAAGGACAAGAUUCAUAGCUAUCUUGUGCUAAUCAUCCAUUUUUCAGAAAAAGAAAAUAGCAUUGAUGAACAGAUUGAUAAUGUUACUGCUGAUGACCAGCAGAGUGCUUAUGAUAAGAGAGAUACUGCAGAUCUUAGUGAAAAGUCAAAACCUCUUCAGAAGAGUCCAAGAGAUUCAGUAGAUUAUCAAAGUCAAAAUUACGAAGAAGAAAAAGGAGAUAUCAAGAAAGAUGAUCAUAUUCCAGAAAAUAAUGAACCACGAGAAAUUAGCGAAAAGCCUUUUAUCGAAAAUAGUAAAAGAGAUAUUCCAAUGAAAGAUUUUGAACCAAAUUCUAUGAUUGUGUUCUACAUUGAUAGUGCUAGAUUUUUACAUGAAAAUGCAACUCUCACUAAGGUUAUUUUCAGAGCAAUAGAUGAAUCUGGAAAUACAAUUCUCAAACCCCAAGGAACAAUUUGUGACCUAUCUGAUUCUACUUGUCAACAUCCAUUCUUUGAUUACAGAACUGAGAUUUAUAGAGGAGUUGGAAAUUUACCUUAAA